CACCGCGGCGCUGGCGCAAGAUGGCGGCGGAGCGUCAGGGCGGCGGCGGUGGUGGCCGCGGGGCAGGGGCAGAGGAGAACCGGGACGGCAGGGACAGCAAAGACAACAAGGAGAACGAGCGGCCCGCCGCGCCGCAGCCCGGCGGCCUCGGCGACAGCCUGGGCUUGGAGAUCCUGCAAAUCGUGAAGGAGUCACAGCAGCAGCACGGUUUGAGACAUGGGGACUUCCAGAGGUACAGGGGUUAUUGCUCCCGCAGGCUACGGAGGCUCCGGAAAACUCUCAACUUCAAGAUGGGCAACAGGCACAAGUUCACUGGGAAGAAAGUAACUGAGGAGAUUCUCUCAGACAACAGGUAUUUGCUGUUGAUCCUGAUGGAUGCAGAGAGGGCCUGGAGCUAUGCCAUGCAGCUGAAGCAGGAGGCCAACACGGAGCCCCGCAAACGCUUCCACCUGCUGUCGCGGCUGCGCAAAGCUGUGAAACACGCCGAGGAGCUGGAGAGGCUCUGUGAGAGCAACAGGGUGGAUGCCAAGACAAAGCUGGAAGCACAGGCGUACAUGGCUUACCUCACCGGGAUGCUUCGCUUCGAGCACCAGGAGUGGAAGGCAGCAAUGGAGGCUUUCAACAAAUGCAAGACCAUUUAUGAAAAACUGGCCAAUGCUUUCACAGAAGAACAAGCUGUGCUGUAUAACCAGCGUGUGGAAGAGAUCUCGCCCAACAUCCGAUACUGUGCCUAUAACAUUGGUGACCAAUCUGCCAUGAAUGAGUUGAUGCAGAUGAGACUGAGGUCUGGUGGCACUGAAGGUCUUCUUGCAGAAAAACUGGAGGCUCUGAUCACCCAGACUCGAGCAAAGCAGGCAGCCACGAUGAGCGAGGUGGAGUGGAGAGGGAGAACUGUUCCAGUGAAAAUAGACAAAGUGAGGAUCUUCCUGCUGGGCCUGGCUGACAACGAGGCAGCGAUCACUCAGGCAGAAAAUGAGGAGACAAAGGAGCGUUUGUUUGAGUCUUUACUCAGUGAGUGCAGAGAUGCCAUUCAGGCAGUCCGGGAAGAAUUGAAACCAGACCAGAAACAGCGAGAGCACUCUCUGGAAAAUGAUUCUGGGAAGGUGUCCAACAUCCAGUACUUACACAGUUACCUGACCUACAUCAAGCUCUCCACGGCCAUCAAGCGCAACGAGAGCAUGGCCAAGUCCCUGCAGAAGGCCCUGCUGCAGCAGCAGCGCUCGGACGAGGACGGCAAGCGCACGCCCCGGCCACAGGACCUCAUCCGCCUCUACGACAUCAUUCUGCAGAACCUUGUGGAACUGACGCAACUUCCUGGCCUAGAGGAGGACAAGAACUUCCAAAAAGAGAUUGGAUUGAAGACACUCGUGUACAAAGCUUACAGGUGUUUCUUCAUUGCCCAGUCCUACGUCCUGGUAAAGAAGUGGAGUGAAGCUCUCGUGUUAUAUGAGAGGGUGCUGAAAUACGCCCGGGAAGUUCAGUCAGGAGCUGGAGCUCAUAGGAACAGCUUGAAGGAGCUGCCUGAUGUUCAGGAUCUGAUCACUCAAGUUAAUGCAGAGAAAUACUCCUUGCAAGCAGCAGCUAUAUUAGAUGCAAAUGAUCCUCAUGAGUCUGAGUCUCCAUCUCAGGUCAAGGAUGGCAAGCCACUCUCAGAACGGUUUGAGACUUUCUGCCUGGAUCCUUCUCUUGUCAGCAAGCAAGUCAACCUCGUGCACUUCCCACCAGGAUUCCAGCCCAUUCCAUGCAAACCCUUGUUCUUUGACCUGGCCCUUAAUCAUGUUGCUUUCCCACCUCUGGAGGACAAGGUGGAGCAGAAGGCCAAGAGUGGCCUCACAGGAUAUAUAAAGGGCAUUUUUGGAUUCAAAAGUUAACCAGGACCCCCAGAGAAACAGAGGUUUUAUUCUGUAUUGAAGGAAAAGCUCCAAGAGGUUCUAGGACACCAAUACCUGCACCUGAAACCAACAGAGGGAAGUUUUACCACCUUCUCUCCUGUGUCCUGUGUGUAUGUCUGUGCACUCACAUUCUCUCCCAGUGUAUUAAAGACAAGCAAUUAUUCAGAAACAAACACACACUAUAAAUAGCUGAAAAUAAUCUGGAGCACAGAGAAAUUCCAUUUUGGUUGGAGAAGUUCUGUGACCAGUGGCCUGUUCAGGGCCAGUACACAUCUACUUAGCAUGGACCAGGGCAUAGGUAUAAUUUGACUCUUCCCUCUGCCCCAUUAUUUGACACUAUAAUUUGGUAUUUUGGUCUAGAAAUUGGGGUGUGAUGGGGAAACAGAGGUAAAAGUACAUGAGAACUAAACCAGCAAGGUGAGGCUCCCACAUGAUGGCUAUGGAACAGUAGCCAAGGGGGCUACUUCUCCUUCCCUUUUGAAUCCCAGAAGUCUCUGUAUUUUUUAAAAAUGUAACAGAACUGAUAAAAUAGAGCUUCUUUCCUUAUUGAUAAGGAUGGCAGAUACGAAAUGUUAAUGGUUACCCCAGCUGUGGUGGGUGAAUUUGUACUCUGGGCCAAUAGCAUCCUUCUUUAUUCAUGCACACCUUUUGUUAAAUACCUGAUACAGUAUAGAACCUAUUCCUACAAGGAUUUUCCUGGGAAACUAGCUUCAUGGGUGGCUUUGGAAAUAGCUACUUGCUCUUCAUGGGAAGUUGGGUCUCUCAUUGUUCAUUUUGUCUCUGAUCUAAACCUUGCCUGAAAACAAGAUGAUCUUUUUCUGGAGUUCAUUUGUUGCUUUGUUCUUCAUCCUUGGUCAGUAGCUACGCCUGAAAUGAGGGAUAAGGAACAGGAGACCAGGAGGUUUGUGAGUGAUAAAUCAUCUCUGUCGUGCCAGACAGCUUUUUUUAUAAAGCACCCAGGUGCCAUGGUGACAGGCACUUUGAAAAUGCAGAUAAUUUCGUAAUUGUGAUGAACUAAACAGGAAAAAACCCCACAGCCCAUGGGCAGAACUGUUCCUAAAUAAAGUAUUUGGAAGUUUCCACCAGCACUGUGUGGGUUUUCACUCAGCCUGUGGCUGGAAGGUGAGGCAGCAGCUUGUUCUGCCUGAACUCCUGCACUCAGUUGUCUGGACUUUGUGUUGUUUCUCCAUUUUUAGGCAUUAGGGUCGGAAACAGAAGAACUGUUUUAAAUGGUCGAAUUUUUCCAUGGAAAUUUUCCAUGCAAGGUGCUUGUGAGAUGAAUGGGGGUAAUUAACAAUUCCCAUUAUUUUAAUACAAAUGUUUACCUUUUCUGUUCCAAGUUGAUUUGAUUUGUGAGUUCUCAAAGUACAGAAGGAUUCCGUGCUCAGAGAGAGGUAAGACGACGAGGAGGAGGAGGAACUUCUUGUUUGUGUUUAAUUUUUGCAACGUGGAAACAAAAUGGAAAUUUCUGGUAUUAUAGCUAAUUCCCUUUGUGUCUGGAUGCCAGGGGAAUUUUACAGGAGAAAGGGAAAGUGUAGAGCUGAAAGAAACAUAAAGGACUUUUUUCAUCAGAUUGCAAUUUCUAGAAAACAUGUCCCUCUAAAGCCUGUUUCCUUUUAGGCAAGGAAAGGCCAGGGAAUAACCAGCACAGGCAUCACCUGCUCUGUUUCAGGGUAUCUCCUCCUGUGUAAAUCCACCUGAGCUGCUCUUUCCCUCUCAACUUUUGUAUCAGAUCGCUGAGAGCUCCUGUUUGGUUUGCACACCGAACUCCUGCUUUCCUACCACGGAUCCCUGUGGUGCCUGGAUUGACUCCGGGAAAACUUGUACUGCGGCCACUUUCUAGAUCGUUACUGUUACAAAAACCGAAGAGCAAUUUGGCCUCUUUAUGCCAAACAUCUUUUGACAAGUAACUGAUUAGUUGGAGGCAGAUAAGAAAUUUGAAAACAAUAAAGUUUUAUUCCUGA